AUGGCUGCUCCCACAAUCCCCGCCAAGUACAAGGCUAUCAUCUAUGAUAAGCCGGGCACCGUCUCCACCAAAGUUGUCGAACUCGACACGCCAGAGCCCGGCCCCGGCGAGGUUCUGAUCAACUUGUCACACUCUGGCGUCUGCCAUUCAGACUUCGGCAUCAUGAUGAACAGCUGGGUUCAGCUUCCAUUCCCCACUCAAGCGGGCCAGGUUGGUGGUCAUGAAGGCGUCGGGAAGAUCGUAAAGAUGGGCCCAGGCGCGGAUGCAGCCGCCGUCAAAAUUGGAGAUCGCGUGGGGAUCAAGUGGGUCAGCGGAAUCUGUGGAUCCUGCGUUGCGUGCCUUGCUGGUAUGGAUGGCCAGUGCAUGAACCAGAAAGUUAGCGGCUACUAUACUCCCGGUACCUUUCAGCAAUACGUCCUGGCUCCUGCAAACUACGUCACCCCAAUUCCAGAUGGACUUGACAGUGCAGAAGCGGCUCCCAUGCUCUGCGCCGGUGUGACGACAUACUCAGCUCUCCGCAAGGCCAAUGCUCAGAGCGGCGACUGGGUGGUUCUAGUUGGCGCCGGCGGCGGCCUCGGCCACAUCGCCGUCCAACUGGGCGCGCGGGGCAUGGGCUACCGCGUCAUCGGCAUCGACUCCGACGGCAAAGAAGACCUGGUCCUCUCGUCGGGCGCGGAGCACUUCCUGCCCGUCUCUCUCGGCAAGGCGCUACCGGACAAGGUCAAGGAGCUGACGGGCGGGCUGGGCGCGACGGCCGUCGUCGUCGUCGCCGCCGCCAACGCCGCCUACGCCCAGGCCGCCGACAUGCUGCGCAUCGGCGGCACGCUCGUCUGCGUCGGCAUCCCCGAGGGCGAGCCCGUGCCCAUCGCCGGCGUCGUGCCGCAGUACAUGGUCGCCAAGGCCCUCCGCAUCGUCGGCGUCGCCGUCGGCGACCGCCGCGAGGCCAUCGAGACCAUGGACUUCGCGCGGAGGGGCAUCGUCAAGACCCAUUUCAGGCUGGAGAAGAUGGACAAGCUGGCCGAUGUCUUUCACGAGAUGGAAGGGGGGAAGCUGCGAGGCAGGGUGGUGUUGGAUUUGUCUUAA